AAAAAACUUAUUUAUAGUUUCCUUUUUUUUUUUCUUUUUUGUUUUCCUUUUUUUUUCUAUAAUAAAUUUAUAAGAAAAUGUCUUCUGGUGUAGCAGUUAAUGACCAAUGUCUCGAGGUCUAUCAAGACCUUAAACUUCGUAAGAAGUACAAGUAUAUUAUCUUCAAGUUGUCUGAUAAUAACCAAGAAAUUGUUGUUGAUAAGACUUCUGAUAAUCUUGACUACGAUAGCUUCUUGGCCGACCUUCCUCCAAAUGAACCUCGUUAUGCCGUUUAUGAUUUCGAAUACGAAAAGCCUGGAGAAGGUAAAAGAAGCAAGAUUACAUUCUAUGCCUGGAUCCCUGAUACUUCCAAGGUUCGUCAAAAGAUGUUGUAUGCUUCCAGUAAAGAUGCUCUUCGUAGAAACUUGGUUGGUUUAGCUAUUGAGAUUCAAGGUACAGAUGCCUCAGAGGUUGAUUAUGAAGCUGUUUUGGAUAAGGCUAGUCGUUCUGUUUAAACAUUAUAUAAUAAAUAAAACGAUAAAAAGUGUAAUAUGCACAUAAC